AUGCCGCCUCAGCCCUCGGCCGUGGCCUCGAAGAGCACGUCGGAGCUUCGCGCCGAGAUGCAGCCGCACCGCCUCGUGCCACCGUCGCAGGCGGGUGAGCGCGCGUCUCGCAGCGUGUUUUUCGGCGCGGCGGCGCGGUGUGCGUGCCACCCGUGGGAAGCGCGCGGCUUCGGGCAGAGGUGCUCCCCCUCGCGUACACGAAGUCCCUGGCCACCAUCACGCUGGCCACUCUCGCGGCCCUAG